AUGAUGAAAAAAGCACGUGAAAAAUUAGCAGCAAGUCAAGCGGUUAUUCCACCGGUUUCUAUUCCUACUGUUCCGCACGAAAGUCUGAAGAGAAUAUGUGAAAAAGCUGACAUCAGUGAGGGUGUGGUUCGCUACAUCGUUGCUUAUUGGUCGUUAAAAAGGAAGUCACGAUUUGGAGUGCCGUUGUUACGAAGAUUAAUUCAUAGCAAAACACUUCCCAAGUCUGCUGACUUCUGUUCGACAUCUGGACAGGAGGCACAUCCUAAUGAAACUAAAACAUACUUCUUGCUGCGAACGAAUCUUGAGCGUGUUCGUCUAUUAUGUGAGCUGUAUGACUCAACUGCUUCCUUGCUGAAUCGAUUGACAAAGCCAUUAAAUGAAAUAAUGAGUGAAGUAAUCGAAAAAAUUGCUAGCAAAGAUUACAACGAUGUGUUCGCGAAGCCGGUAACUGAAAAGGAGGUGCCUGGUUAUUCAACCGUUAUCAAAAAUCCGAUGGAUUUGUCCACUAUGCGAAAGAAACUUGCAAAAGGUGAUUACAAAAACCUCUCACAGCUCAAGUCUGAUUUCACGUUGAUGAUGAACAAUUGUUCAACAUUUAAUCGACAUAAUGAAUUCUUCUGGAAAUAUGGUCAUCGACUUCAUCGCAUUGGUUUGAAAUAUUUCACAGCUGCUGAAAAAGACGUGCAGGCUCUUACUUUGGCAAAUGGAGUAUUGAAAACCAUAUCAAGCAUAUCGUAUACACCUGUAGAAAGUUCGAAAUUUGACAACGAAGAGGAAAACGAUGAAGAAUUGGAUUUUGUACAGAAAAAAAUGUCAGCAUGCCGCAGUUCAAAAGGUGAAAAGACGGUCUCAAAGAGAAUAUCAACUCGGAAACGUACUUUACGGACUUUUGAUGAUAACAUUACACCGAAGCGUCCCAAAUACAACUUGGCUGUAGAGUCAUUUAUGACCUACAGAAAAGGUCCACUGAAAAGUCCCAAAUUUUUGACAACUGACACUUCUACAAUGGAAGAAUCAAGCUCUGCUGAAGAUGAAAUGCCUCUUCGACGAGGACGACGAAGAAGCACAAGAAAAUCUCGAAGGCUAAUGCCACCACCACCUACGGAACGUCCUGUUGAAACAGUUGAAGUGGCAUGUGAAUUCCAACAUGACGAUAUUGUUUGGAUAACAGAAAAUGGUGAACGUAAAAUUGGGAGGGUCAUCGAUUUACGAAUGAGAGUUUUGCUAGCUGAUUUGCCAAUAGAUGAAAUGUUUAGCGCAAAGCCCCAUGAUUACACACAAUAUGUUUUAGUCUUGUAUUUUGACAGUCAGAAAAAUUGGCGAUGGGUUCCAGUUAAAUACGUGUCGUACUGUCUUGUGAAAUCUAUAAAACUUGAAGACUAUCCUCCUGCUGUGCGAGAAGCAUUAAGAGAAGCAAAAGCAUUCUUGCUAAUGGAUUUGGGCAGAGGUUAUGUGUCUUUGGUUAAUGCACAUGAACGAAGUAACGCCACAUCUGCGUGA